AUGCAUUACAUCGCGGCGGAGACGAAGCAAGGGCUGGAGACUAAAAUACUGGAGCAUGAAGUUGAGGACGUUGUUCGAAGGAGGUUUGACCGGAGCGUGGAUGUUAGUAUGAGGUUGGCCAAAAAUGGACUGGGGGUGAUUAAAGUUGAGCCUCAGAGAUGA